UUUCCAAAUAUUUAUGAGAUGGGGGAGAUGUAGUUACAGUUAUUUAAUAGAUUUAGUUUGCAGACAUUAUCGAUGAUUGACAAUAUUUUUCUAACUUAUAACAUGUUUUACUAGAAGAUGUAACUGGAUCAACGUUUAACAAUUUGUAUUGUACUUAUAUAAAACGUAAAAAUGCGAAUAUUAUUGCUGUUCUUUAUAUCUCUCUUUAAUCAUGUCCAUGUUUAUGAUUUGUGCAGUGUCCAAGAAAAUCUGUGUAGUGAAAGGCAUUCUUUGUAUACCUGUGGAAUAAAAUCAAUGAAUUUUGGUUCGAGAGAUUGUACUCAAGUUACCUUCGCUGGAAGUGAGAAAAUGAAGAAUAAUUUAGGGGAUAUAACUUUGCAAGUACAACCGAACCAAUCUGCCCAUUCAGUGUUAAAUAUGUCAUUUUCAAAUGUUAAAUGGAAGAAGGCCUAUCUAAGAAUAUCCGAUGAUAACAACAAGAACCAAAAUGUCUGCAAAAUGUACACGGUGGAGAAGGAAGUCAAGUUACCGAUAAACUCAGAUCUCUACGAUGCUUGCUUUUGGAAUACUGCCAAGAAGCUGAGGGCAAAGACGUACUUUCUUGAGUAUAAGGCUGAAAACAAACAAGAGGCUAUGUACAAGAAGAUAUUGUUUGAUAUGCCAAACACAAACUUUUACAGUGACAUUGUACCCGUUUCCAAGAGGCUGAUAUUUUCCUAUAUAGAUUUCACAAACAGCUAUGAGAUAUCGUUAAAGAUACAGACGUUACCGAGGUCUUAUAACGUGAGUCAUUACAAAGUCGAGGUGUUUAGAGAGAAAGACAAAAAGAUAAUACUGUUGGAUGUACGCUUGCUCUCCUCUUACCGGAAGCCGAUUUUACAUUUCGACUAUUUGACUUACAACGAGGAAGGGUACUAUUAUUUUGCCAUCUCGGUGAUCAGUGACAGAUGUUUGGAAGACGUUUGCAUGAAGACGAUCACGUCAAAAGUCUUUAUCAGUAAAAAAGGGACACCGCUGGUUAUUGGGAUCGUAGGAGCAAGUUUUAUUAUCCCCUUUGUGCUGUUUAUCUUUCACAUGUGGAAUCGCAGGUUUAAAAAUUCAGGCGGCCUCCCCGAAGCCGUCGAAAAAAUCUUGAUCCUCUUUAAACCCUCUUCGGAAAAGCACAAUGAGGUCGUCACCACCUUGGCGAAAACGAUAAAGCAUCUGACGGGAAUCGAGGUGAUGCUCGAUCCCGUCAACCUGACCAAAACCAAACAAAAGAACGCCGAGAAGUGGUGCAGUGACAACCUCAUCCUGGCUACUCACAUAAUGUACGUCCCACCCCCCGACAUCGAAGACAACAGCUGCGCCCUGGACUACAUGACUUACAACUUCCUGAAGGAGGAAACUAAAAAAUCCACACCCGAGAAAGAAAUAAUGAUCCUCAAUUUUUCUUAUUCCACGAAAGAUAUACCCGAAAUCCUGAUAAACUGCGUCAAGUUCGAGUUAAUGGAGGAUUUCCAGAAGCUGCUUAAUGUUUUCCAACCCGUAGCUCCCGACUUCAACUACGAGAAUAACAUGAACUGCAUGGAGCUGAUGAAGAAGAUAAAGCUGGCUCAGACAGAGACGGAGGCUUUGCAGAAGCGGGAGACCCCCAAGAUUGUCAUAACCGACCAAUCCGAACACUUCGACGAACCUAAAGAAAUCGAUGUUUUGCUGUAAAUGUGAAUGACAAUGUUAACUUUAAGACUGAUUGAUUGACUUUUUGUCUGGCAUGUAUUUUUUUUGUUUUAUUUUUAUAAAUGUACGUUGAUUUUAUAUACAUAUCUUAAUUAUUUAUAAUCAAAUGUUCUCCGAUGUUUAAUAAAUGGUAUUCGUUGUA